AUGGUUUUGAAUAAAGAGGAUUUCGACAAACCAAAAUCUGAAGUCAUGGGAUCCAAGUCUACCGAGGAAUUCGCAAUCACAAGAACAGAAAGACAUUUUCGUCCAACUCAUUUCUUACUUAAAAUACAAUCAUACUCUUUAUUGUGCGAGACUGGGGUGGAAAAAUACGAGUCUGGUGUUUUUGAAGCUGGGGGACACAAAUGGAGGUUGUCUCUCUAUCCAAAAGGAAACAAGAAAAUGAAUGGGAAUGAUCACAUCUCCCUUUAUUUGUCAAUAGUUGAUACAGAAAAGUAUUCUCUUGGUUGGGAGGUUUAUGCCACCUUCAAAUUGUUCGUGUUUGAUCAGAUACGGGACAAGUUCUUGACCGUUCAAGAUGCUGAAGGGACGAUUAGAAGAUUCCAUGACAUUAAGAUGGAAUGGGGCUUUGACAAAUUUCUCCCUCUUGAUUCUUUCAAUAAUCUUCCUAAUGGAUACCUUGUCAAUGAUUGUUGUGUAUUUGGUGCUGAGGUUUUUGUUCAUGAACGUAGUGCCAAACGAGACUAUCUGUCCAUGAUAAAAGAACCUUCUAACCGAAUUAUGACUUGGAAGAUUGAAAACUAUUCAACACAACAAGAUAAAGUACCCAUUUAUUCCCGCAUAUACGUUGUUGGAGAUUUAAAAUGGAAACUACUGGUUUAUCCCAAGGGAAUUCAUGACGGAGCAAACAAAGCCAUUUCCGUCUUCCUCUACUCAGUUGAUUGUGUUACACCAGACCUCAAAAUUUUUGCAGAAUUCAAGCUGCGGAUAAAGGACCAAAUCAACAAUAAACAUGCAGAACAAAAAGUAAAUGAAUUAUUUUUACAUUUUUAUCUUCUUCUUCUUUCUCUGUGGUGGGGGGUGGUGUCACUGCCUAAAUACUGGUUCUCUGCCGCAUUUAACGACUGGGGUUUUUCACAACUUUUGCUUCGAGAAGAUUUUGACGAUGCAUCCAAGGGGUUUCUUGUUGAAGACACCUUGAUUGUAGAAGCAGAAAUUAUGGUUAUGUCUACUACAAGUAGUUCUCGACAUUUAUCUCGGAAUUGCACUUGCGAAGACUAGAGAGAAGUAUGAUUGUCGUAGUUGUAAAGAUGUCAAUGUUAAGAUACUUCAAAUUUGCCAUGGUUAUUUUAGAAGCGCAUACUAUAUUUAUAUAUUAUGAAUGAUCAAUUUAAUACACUAUCUACAGUAUUAAGGAAAAAAAGAAAGAAAGAGGCAUUAUCA